UGAAACACCAGGGAAGACAUCUGACCGAAGGUGCCAUUCGAACAGCAGGAUUUUGGCUAGUGGGAGCUAAACGCUGCAUUAGUAGUUUACUUCACAAAUGCGUCACUUGUAGGAAACUGAGAGGCAAAAUGGAACAUCAGCAGAUGGCAGCUCUGCCAGCAGAACGGGUACAAGUAGCACCUCCUUUCACUUAUGUAGGUGUCGACGUUUUUGGACCCUGGGAGAUCGUUUCACGUCGUACAAGAGGAGGAGUCUUCAACUCUAAACGAUGGGCUGUGAUGUUCUCUUGUAUGUGUUCGAGGGCAGUUCACAUCGAGGUGAUUGAAGCCAUGAGUACCAGCAGUUUUAUCAAUGCCUUGAGGAGAUUCUUUGCUAUCAGGGGCCCCGCAAAGCAGAUACGUUCCGACUGCGGAACUAACUUCAUCGGCGCUUCUCGUGAAUUAGAAAUGGACCUGUCGAAUCCUGGUUUCAAACGAGUAGAGGAGUACUUGAACACCCAGAACUGCACCUGGGUAUUCAACCCACCCCACGCAUCUCACAUGGGUGGGGCUUGGGAACGGAUGAUCGGCAUUGCCCGUCGUAUUCUGGAUUGCAUGUUGCUUGAGCAGAAAAGGUCUCAUCUUUCACAUGAAGUCCUGACAACCCUCAUGGCCGAAGUAACAGCGAUCAUGAAUGCCAGACCACUCAUUCCAGUCUCGUCAGAUCCGGAAUCGCCUCUCAUCCUCACCCCAGCGAUGCUCCUAACUCUCAAGCUAGGCUCUGCGCCUCCUCCUCCAUCAGGAAGCUUUCAAGAAGCGCAUCUCAUCAGAGUACAAUGGAAACAAGUUCAGAGCCUAGCAGACAUGUUUUGGAACAAAUGGAAACAUGAAUACCUCAAAACAUUACAGCUUCGGUACAAGUGGCAAGGAAAGAGGCCGAACCUUCAAGAAGGAGAUGUGGUUCUCUUGAAAGACAAUCAAGCUAAGAGAAAUCAAUGGCCAGUCGGUCUCAUCACGAAAACCUUUCCAGAAGAGGAUGGAUUAGUCCGGAAAGUUCAAGUGGAAAUUGUUAAAGAUGGAGCCAGAAAGGCCUUUUCUCGGCCUGUUACAGAAGUAGUUUUGCUUCUUUCUUCAAAGUCUGAUUCUGUCAAUUGAUGUGGGCUCUUCAAAGACCCCAGUGACGCGCUACUGCGCACGUCACGAAUCAGGAAGUUGAUCGCUAUGCGAUAGUCAAUCGCAACAGCCUGCAAUCUCUCUCAGUCACCUGUUUCUCCAGCGAUCGCGUUUUUCCUUUCCCUUUGCUAAAGCAACGUCUGUGAGUAUUUCUUAUCAUGCAAUAUUAGGAUAAUGUCUAUUUUUAUCUUUGUGAGACUAUUGAGAAGGCUAAGUUUGCUUUAUGUUAUUACUGCUGAUUGUUUACUAGCUCGAUUUUGUUUAUCAUAUACAUCACCGCUGUGUAGAUAAUCCGUUCUGUUUUCUCUGUAUUUGGAUCUAAUAUUAAUAUACAUCUCAUUUGCAUUGUAUUACAGUUUCACAAUAUUCCCAGUAAAUUUUAUGGAGAUUAA